AUGCCCACUCGAGUAGACAUCACAUACAUCGGUAGCGCCUCCAGCACCUUGCUAGACUUUGAGGGCAUGGGCUUGGGCAUCGCUGAGCACUCCCAUCACUCCGCAUUGGCUGCAAAGAUCAUCAACGAAUUCAAUACCGACUUGGCCACUACCUUGAUAUUUCUGAUGACCAUGAGAUCCUCUCCAUGCAAGGCGGUUACCAGGAAGCAGGAGGAGGCCAUGAAGCAAAUUAAUGAUGACAAAACAAAGGUUCCGGAACUUCUGCAGAAGCAAGUUGACAUGGAGCUGAAGCUUGACUACAUUGUGACCGGCGGCUGGUCACUCAAGGCAUAUCAAAAGGCCUGCCGCUUGCUAGGGGAGGGGUACGUCAACUUGGCUACCGAUACAAGAACCAUUACUGACGAGAAAUUCGGCAAGAUUCCGGAAGAAAAAUUCUUGGAAGCAUUCAAAGGACGCAGCUAUGAAAUCUUCACUCCUAAGGCAGACAGCUCUAGUCUGACCGUAGUUCUGGAUAUGUCCUCAAACAUUCUUUCUCGGAGAAUACUCAUCAAGAACUACCACUUGAUCUUCUUUGGAGCUCAAAAAGAAUCUUGGAUCCACUGGUAUCACAAUUGCAAUUGUCAAGAAGAAUCUGCUACCUCCAUUAACAACUGCUCGUUCAACACACUAAGCAUUUUUUAUAUCUACAUCGCCGGCCAGGUUUUGAAAAAGGCAUUGGCUGACUACAGACAAUUCGAGGUAGACGGUCAAGAGGCUGUGUCAAACGACAAGGCAACACUCUCCCGGACAAGCUGCCCGCUCUCGUAUGAACAUCUGCUUCAGGGUCAACAAAGGAGGCGUCGCCAAGAACUUGGGGGCCUUAACGGGCACUGCAGUGUGGGUGGAAGCCGGGCUAGCAACUAUAACUUGAUACCUCUCAAGGGCGCCCAGAAGCUUUCUAAGUACAUCGAGGACUUUGCUCGCGCUUGA